CGCAUCACGCGUACACCCAACCUAGCUCAAAAUACAAACGCUGUCAUUUUGGCACUCUGCCGUCUCAGCCAGCUGCACACUGCACUCCACUGCUUAGCUUAGCACUCUGGUAGUUGAGGACAUAUUAAAGCCCCGUACGUAUCCAAAUGGCAAAAAGACGGAAACCAAGUGACCUUUUGCUUUGCCCGUUGUUCGCCAUGUCGGUGCCAGAAGUAUCGGAAUGGCUGAUAGCGAGAGGCACCAUCGCCGCCAUUCUCGCCGCCGGGAGACGCGCUCCAAUUUCGCCGCACCGCCGAGGACGGGAUCCCAUCAAAGGCCCAGGGUUUUGUCCCAUAUCCACCCACUCUACCUCGAAGAAAAUGUCGGCGGCGGCAGGGGAAGGUAUGCAAAUGUCAGCGUGCUGGAGCCCGUGAUGCGCAUCGAGAGAUCGGGGCCCCAGAGUUGUCAUGGCGACCCCCAUGCAAAGCCCGUCUAUCGCAUCGUCGUCAACUUUCAGCUUCAGUUCAACAUCAAUCAAGUCGGCGAAGAGCUGCAGAGACACAAUCGUAUUUUCGACUCGGUCCACGUCCGCUACCUAUACCGCAGCGGAGAAAGGCACGACCUUGUUCCCAAGGGCGACCAGGUUGCCUCUGACAUUCAAAUCAGGAAUGAGAACGGCCAGACCUCAGAUGUCCAGGCCGGCGUCACCGCAACCGUGGCCGGACAGCCCAUGCCUGCCUUUACUGUGCAUGCACAGCAUGCCAGCAAGCUUACCUACGAGAGGAAGCUGCGCAGCUGGCGCAAGUCUCUUACUUAUGAAACGUACCCGCAGCCGAAAAUCGAGACCAAGGAAGCCGGCCUUGCAUCUCUCCUCGGCAUCGGGUCUCCAGUCCCACCGAGCCCUGAGGCCCAGUUCCGCGUCUCGUCGACACACGCUCACAAGUGUGCUUGCCGUAAACCGCGGCGCUGCCGAAUGCGGAGCUCGUCACAGCACGUCUACAACCGGGCCGCACACUGGUCUGGACAGACGGAGGCACAGCUGCAUCUGUGGACGCCCGAGAUCUACGAGAGCAUGAACUGCCCCAUCACCGUCACGCGCGAAGUCGACGCCGAGCUCAUCGACCACAUCCUGAGCCAGGACCCGUCGUACGGGCAUUAUGAGCUGCGCCGGUACCUGCACUUUGAUUUCGAUGUCGAGGUCCGCCUCCGCGAGAUCGGGCGCGGGUUCUGGGGCAUGUUCAAGUCGGCGUCGCAACCGGCCGAGAUUCGAGCGCGCAACGACUCGGGCAGGCCCCUGCCUCCCGACCGGUCAAAGUUUUGCGUGACAUGUUGCAUCGAGCGCAUCAACUGGCCACAACACGAGACGCGAGACCUCCAAUGCGAGGCCGAAGAGCAGAUGGCCAGAUUUGGCUUCGUCAAGCGCCUACAGUCGACGGAAGAGUACCAAAACACAGCCAACCAAGGCGCCACGUCGUUUACCACGGCCCCGGCACAAGCACCGACCUACAUCCAAGGAGCCGCAGCAGCAGCGGCGACAAUAGCAGCGGCAGCAGAACCUGGCCUCCAGACUGAAACACCAAGGGGAAGAAUACGAGCCCUGACCCGAACCCCUUCUGACAGCCAGUCUAAUAUUCAAGCAUGCAGGCGGGUCUCGUUCUCUCCUGACUACCACCUCCGUACCUUUGGACGACGGCGCCAACCCGCAGCAGGCAGCCGCCACGCGCGGUCGCGGACGCCGAGUCCCGCGCCGACACAAUCCGUAGCAUCGGGCUACUUCUCCCACCGCGACGGCACCACUACCGCGCCGCCGUCGUCGUUCUACCCCUAUUACCCCUCGGCAACGUCGGCCGCAUCCCGUUCCCAGUUCUCGCACGGCCAGGCCCGGAGCUGGACGACUGCGACGGGCCGGAGCCGCGGGCAAUCCAUGACCAACACCGCCCAGGACCACUUCCCGCAGCGUCUGCCGCAUGAUAAUCGGACCACCACGACUACUGACAUCGCGCGCUCAGACGCGGUGAUGUUACCACCGGAGAUGCAACACCCGCCGCCGCCGCCGCCGCCGCAACCAGUCGGCGGCGGCGCCUUCUACUACCACGACUCGCCGCAGCAGCAUUAUUACCACAAGCGCAGUCAGCGGGCCGCCGCGCCGUCCGUGUCGCGGUCGCGCGAGAGCGGCUACGUGAGCGGGGGGGUUGAUGACGACGACGGUGAUGAGGGAAAAGGUCGUGACGAUGGUUGCGGUGGUGUUAGGUCGGGCGGGUCUGGAUCUUUGUCGCGUGCUGCCUCGUCGCUGCCGUCGUGA